CCUCUUCUUCUUUGUCUUGAUUCCAUUCUUUUUUAGCCUCCAAAGUCAGACAUCAAUACCUUAUUCAAAACAAGGUUGAUAAGCCCCACAUAAGUUUCACUCAAUCCCACUGCGAUUCUUUCUAACUCAUAUAUCAUACGUCUCCUUCACAAAAACCAAACAUGUCUGAUCAAUCUUCAACAACUAGUUGGUUCUUUACCUACACAAAGAUACGUUUCUUCACCAAAAUCAGACGAUUCCUCCUCCUCAGAACUGCCAAGAAACAGUAUAAAGCACCGGAUCACUCAGAAAAAUUGAGGGAUUUAAGUAGCGCGAGUAAGAAAGAAGGGAAGAUAGAAAAAGAAGGGAUGGAGAAAGAGAAUGACCAAGAUGGUUGGGUGGUUUUGCAAAGGUCUGUAAAGGGACUUCAUUUUGGGAGGUGGGAAGAAAAAGAGUUGGCAGCUAAGGAGAUUAAGAGAAUAGCAAAAGAAGAUUUGAAGACAAGGAAAUCAAUGGGUGAGCUUGGAAUUAUACAGCCUUUGGUUGCUAUGAUCGAAUCAGAGGUGGUGGAGAGGCAGAGAUUAGCAGUUCAAGCCUUAAUUGAGCUAGCAAAUGGCUCUUUCACGAACAAGUUGCUCAUGGUGGAGUCAGGAAUCUUAUCAAAACUGCCCAAAAAAAUAGACCUAUUAGAUGAAUCAGCAUUUCAAGAUUUUGCACAUUUGCUCUCGUCUUUGUCAUCCCUAUCAAGCAUUCAAUUCCCUGUCUCUUCAGCAAGAAUUAUUCCUUUUGUAGUCUCCAUUCUUGAUUCAUGUUCAAGUAUCGAGACAAAAAUAUCAUGCUUGGGGACCUUGUACAAUCUGUCCUCAGUACUAGACAAUGCUGGCAAUUUAGUAGCAAGUGGGGUGGUUAAUACUCUGCUGAGGCUGUCUUCAGUAGGUGAAGCGUCAGAAAAAUCCCUUGCAACAUUAGGAAAUUUGGUGGUGACUUCGACCGGGAGGAAGGCAUUGGAAAGCAGUCCGAUGGUGCCAGAAAAUUUGAUUGAAAUUCUGGCAUGGGAGGAGAAACCAAAAUGUCAAGAGUUAUCGGCAUACGUUUUGAUGAUUUUAGCCCAUCAGAGCUCCGUGCAAAGACAGAAAAUGGCCAGGGCAGGAAUAGUACCUGUCCUUCUUGAAGUAGCUUUGUUAGGGAGCCCUUUGGCUCAGAAAAGAGCUCUGAAGCUAUUGCAGUGGUUCAAGGAUGAGAGGCAAAAGAGAAUGGGGCCUCAUUCAGGGCCACAGGUGGGAAGAUUGUCGAUUGGAUCGCCUGUAAAUAAAAGGGGUGUUGAUGAAGGGAAGAAAUUCAUGAAGAAUAUUGUGAAAGAAAGCUUGUACAAAAAUAUGGAGACGAUCACUCGAAGAGCCAAUGGUGCUGGAAAUUCUUCAGGGUUAAAGGCCUUGGUAUUAAGUUCGAGUUCUAAAAGUUUGCCUUAUUAAGGGGUUUAUGCAAAGGUCGAUUAUUGUUUUCCUUCCGCUAGGAUAGUAUACUGUUAUCAGCAAUUCCCCUAAGAAUGGGACAUGAGGGAACUUUUCUAAGAGAAGAAAAGGAUAAAGCAUCAGCUCCCAUGAGAAUACACUCUUUUGAGAAGAGCUUCAGUCUCUUUUUGCCUGUAGAUAAGCAACCUGAGGAUAUUAACCUUUUGUCUUUAAAGAGUCCAACUUUGAACAGGAAAAAUGUG